AUGAAGUUUGGGAAGCAGAUCAAGCGGCUGGCGGAUCCUGCGGACCUCAACCACUACCUCGCCUACGAUGUUCUCAAAAAGGCAAUCAACGUUGUAGCCCCAAGCGCACAGCAAGAGAAUGAGGACGUGCUUGGCAAGAGCGCGCAGCCAGCGGAGUCGAGGUUUUACGAGCUCCUGCAGCAUGAAAUGUCGAAAGUGAACAGGUUCUUUCAACUCCAGCUGCGCACAUUGCUGGACAAGUUCCGGGAAGUGCAACGUGCACUGCACUCUAUGGCACAAGGCGGAGGCAGUGAACUCCUGACCCAUGCCAAUCGACUCCUAGAAGAGGCUGCUGAUGGCCUUGUGGAGCUGGACCAGUUCAAAUAUUUGAACUUCACUGGAUUCAGGAAAAUUGCGAAGAAGUUUGACAAGUCAACAAAGAGUGGGGUGACCUUAUCUUCUUGGUUUAUGCCACAACUAAAAAGGGCCUUUUUUGUGGCCCAUCCACUGGAUGGUCUCUUGCUUUCUUUGUCUCUGGGCUAUGCAGCAGUCCGCCGCUUCCAGUCAGGCCGACGCUCUGAGUUGGCAACGGGGAUGAGGAGACCGCCAAAGACAAUGACCUUUUGCUUGGCUCCAUUGGGCCGCAUGCGAUCGCUGUGUACUUUAGUGAAGAGCUUCCAAUUGGUUCUGCCACCUCACCAGGGCCAUGUGGCUUCCGAGGGAAUGUCAGGUGAAGAGCUGAGCUCGGAGUUACAGAAAUUGCUGUACGCACUGGGCACAGAGGGCCUUCAUGUGCCAUGCCGGAUUGCCACGCAGAUGACAGCAGAGUACUUUGAUUCUCCAGAGGAUGGUUUCCCCUUUUACCAGAGCCACCUGCAGGCCUCUGCCGGCGAAGGCUGCCUUGGAUUCCGUUGCCGGCAAACUGGAGAGCGGGGUGAAGUGGUGGAAGUGGAUGGAGCAGGUUCAUCAGUCGGGAUCAACGCCUUCACAGCUGUCCAGCUAGGCAGCCCUGAUGCUUUCCCUUUACAGGGAGAACCGGAGAUGUCUAGCUUAGAACGGCUUAGAGUGUCGGCAGAGGCCACGUUGAAGAAAUCUGAAGCCAAGGAGUACGUAACCACUUUGGGGGAUGGCGGGUGCCGCGAGCUGGCCAGCUUUGCCUCCCAGGUGGCAGGUGCUUGCUCAAGCUACCGUCUGGAAACUGUGGCCACUAUUGGCGCCUCCCGACUCCUUCUGCGCGGUGACACGGACGCCACUAGCAAGGUUUGCAUUGCAAUGGAUGAGGAAGUCCAGUUUGCACGUGCACCUGGGGGUCAAGUCAGCGAUGCUAUGGACUUUGCCUACUGCAUGCUGGAGGUGUCUGGUGAGAAUCUGAGUGAUGCCAAGUGGCUUGAAGAGCUCCGUGGCGAUGCGGCGCUCCGAGAGGCACCUGGCUUCAACGUUGGUGUCCAGGCGAUAGCAGCACUGCAUAAGGACCUUGUGCCAUCUUUGCCACAUUGGUACGACGUUGAAGACAGCUUUGCCAAGCCCGAGGAGUUUGGUCUUGCGCUGCAGAGGCGCGCAGACGAAUGGCAGGCACAAGAAGCACGAGAAGAGGCCCGGCAUUUGAGUUCAGCUCAUGAAGGACCUCCAAUGGUGCAGCCAGUGCCUACAAUGACUGAGGCCAAGGAGGCAGAGGCAAUCCUGCAACCGAAAGACCUUCUGGCAUCGGAAAGGACAAUGCUUGAGUGGAUGCACACAGUCUUCGCGCUGGCUGUCAUUGCCAUAGGCCUUUGGCGGUAUAGUUUGACGGGCAACUUGCCGAAAGGAAAGGCGUUGGCCGAGAGUGAUGGCAUUCGCAAGGAGUUCUUUAACACCAGUAGCCCCUCUCGGAUGCUGCUUGGGAUUUAUAGCCUCUUUCUAGUCUUUGUUGCAGUCUGCUUUGGAUGGUAUGCGGUCCUUUCUCACCUCCAACGGAUCAAGGCAUUGACCAAGAAUGACCAGAAGGAGCGUAUUUUCAAUCGACGGACAGGCCCUACUCUUUUUGCAGGCUGCAUGGCCCUCGCGCUUGUGGCGCAUCUAGCUCUUCAGUUGGCAUAG